UGUGUGUGUGUGCGGCUGUAGUAUGGAGCGUUACUCUUCUCUGAGCAGAGAGCAGGUACUGGGAAACAUUCCCAUGAUGUUCAUCACCUUCCCAUCAGCUAAAGAUCCUACAUCCAAUGUCAGACACCCAGGUAAAUCCUGCAUGACGUUGCUUACGAUGGCUCGCUACGAGUGGUUUGAGGAGUGGGAGGGGACAAAGCUGGGCAGAAGGGGACAGAACUACGUGGACAUGAAGAACAGUAUGGCCCAGGAGAUGCUGGACUGGGCUCUAACGAUCUUCCCCCAACUGCAGGACAAGGUGGUGAUGGUGGAUGCUGCCACUCCCCUCACUAAUGUCCACUAUCUGGGCGCUCCCAGGGGGGAGAUGUACGGGGCUGAGCACAACGUGGAGCGCUUCACCCCAGACACCGUCGCCAGGACACGCCCUCAGACACCGAUUGAGGGUCUCUACCUUACAGGCCAGGACGUGUUCUGUAACGGCAUGGCUGGGGCGCUGCACGGGGGACUGCUCUGUGCCUCCGCCAUCCUCAACCAGAUCCUCUACAUUGACCUUCUAGCCCUGAAGACCUACCUUAAAAACAAGCAGCGCAAACAUAAGACCAGCAGGUAGCAGCACGAGCGCUAACGUGUGCUGUGGGUACGACGAGGCUUCAAACACUGCGUUGUGUUAUCAAACUUCAGGUUGACUCGCCUAGUCGUUAUUUAACACCAGAUCCUCAUGCUGGUAGCAGACUGUCAGCGUGUGUGUGUUGUGUAUGAAUACAAAAUAAAAUAAAAUGAAAAAGGACUGACUGCCAACGAGCCCAAAUAAUAUUAAUAUUGAUCAGGCCUGCAAAGUAGCACUAGGAAGUCGGCCGUUAUGAGCUGAGGCCGAAGUCAGUUUAACCUGAUAGUUCCAGCAGCUUGAAUACGUUACGUUUCUUAAAUACAACAGCAGUCAAUCAAAUCAGAAGCCGAAUUGUCAAUAUUUGCCAAAUGCACAACGUUGCCAGGAAUUUGAAGAAGUGAUGCUGUGUCAGAGUUUUUGGUGAAGUCUCCACACGCCAACGGACCUCUUUCACGUUCAUUGCCCGUUGUGCAGCCGGUAAUUAUGUUUGUUUGUGUUGUGGUUUUCUUUUGGCCCUCCCUACGCUACGAGUUUAUUUGUUUGAUGUUUAUUGCUAAUAAGCACAAUAGGUUGAAGAUGUGGAAGGCUUCUGUAAAAUUGGAUCCAUCUGAUGUUUACCAGAGUGGUGGUAUUUAAUGCAGUGUCAUAAUUAAACUUAUUGUAACCAUGAGGUUGAUAUGGCACAUUGAUUAACAAAACACCUAAAAGUAGCUGAUCCCAUGUGCAUAUUUAAUUAGGUGUAAUGUAGUGUAGUAGUGUAGAAAGAAACAUGGAGGAAGUUAAGAAGAAUUUCAGAUAAAGGUGAAGAAGGAAAGAAAAAAACUGAUUUAGCUCAUCAGGUCACAAGAAGAGAUUAAACAUUUAGCGUAAAAAAAACUAUUUUGAUAUUUGCUGGCCUUCAAAAUGAAAGAUUGGAACCUGCUAUAAAAUGAAUGACAGAUGUUUUAUUAGAGUUAUGCUUGACGACAAUUUUAUUAUAUUAUAUGUUUUAAAAAGGCAUUUCAAUGCAAUGAGCACAAUUGUCUUAUAUAUUGUUUACAUUGUGCUUGUAUGUUUUCAUAUUUUAUUCCUUUAUCACACCGAUCGUUAAGACAAAUUCCUCAAUGUGUAACAUAUUUGGCAAUGAAUAAAUGGCUUGUGAUGCUGAUUCUGAUGAAAACCC